GAGGCGGACCUCGACGAGCGUCAGAGCCUCCUUCAGCGCCGGCGUGCGGCGCUGCAACAGCGGGAGGAGCGCAUACAGGUCCUGACCUCGGAGUUAGCGGAGGCUCACGAGACGGAGGCAGAAUCGCGCAGGACAAGCGCCGAGAAGGAGAAGCGUCUCGAAGAGAUCUGGGAGCAGAUCUACCAGCGGCAGGCGGUUCUUGAGGAUCUCCGAACCCGGGCGGCUGGGAGCCGUGCGCGAGGCGCGGCUGCAGCGCGCGACGCCGUGG